UGUCCUCCUCUCACCGCAGACCCAGAGCAUCUCUCUUCGCUUUCCCAUCCCAUCCAUACCGCAGAUUCGCAUAAUACACGUACAGCCUCAUCCAUCCAUACACUCAUUUCCUCACUAUUUCCUGACUGAUGAUCAAUAUAUAGGCCUGUAUUGAUCCUCUGAGGCCUAUAGGUUAUGAUUCAUUUCUCAUCAUUCUGAGAGCGCGACAGAGAGAGAGAGAGAGAGAGAGAGGCAUAGAGAGAGGAGGAGAGAUGAGAGGACGCGCAUCAUCAUCAGAUGUUUAGCAGAUUCACUCUUCGCCAUCAUUUCUGCUGUGCGGUUUUUGCUCCUCUUCGUGACAUCUUGCAGGCUCUCGAUGUUGUAAUCCGGGGGAAUAUGUGAAGAUCAUGCUGGCGGUGUGGUGCUUCAUGGUCUUUGCUGCAGUGGGCGAGAGUCUUGCGGUCUCAGGUGUGGACAGGAGCCCGGUGCAGGAUGGAGACAUCUGGGACUGGUUUACCCCGGCAGGGAAGCCGGACAGCGGGGACACUGCCACCAAGGUCACCUAUCCAAAGCGGCUGGUGCAGCAGAUCGAGUCGGAGGAGGAAAUGGCUCAUGACUACUUGGAUACCAGGGUGAAGAACAGCACCGGGGACACCUCGCCCGUCCACUUGGCCCAGAGCUGUUUUCAAGUGGAAGCCUUUGGACAUACCUUCACUCUGGACCUGGAGCUAAACCAUCACCUCCUGUCUUCAGAAUAUGUGGAACGGCACUUUAACCAGGAUGGCAGAGCCUCACAGUCGGUGGGAGGGGAGCACUGCUACUACCAGGGAAGGUUAAGAGGUUUGCCAGAGUCCUGGGCAGCUCUCUCCACCUGCCACGGCCUGUGCGGCAUGUUCUCUGACGGCUUCUUCUCUUACGGGAUUGAGCCCUUGCACAAUGGGAGCAAUCAGGAUGAUGGCGCUCACCUAAUCCGCAGGAUGCCUGAUAUCAGACUUCCCCCCCACUGCCCAGACUGUACAGAGGAAGGUGAGUGGGAUAGCAGAGGAGGUGAUGCUGAUGACGACAGACCGGACCAAAUGAGGGAGCAGCAGGUGUCUGAGGGGCUGAGGCGAUCCAAGAGAUAUGUUCGCAAGCCCUCUGUCCAGACUGAGACCAAAUAUAUUGAGUUGAUGGUGGUCAACGACAACGAAAUGUUUGUACAGCUGCGUAAAUCUAGCAGCCAAACCAAGAACUUUGCCAAAGCAGUGGUCAACAUGGCAGACGCGAUCUACAAGGAGCAGUUGAACACGAGGAUCGUGCUGGUUGCCAUGGAGACCUGGAACUCUAAAAAUAUGAUUCCAGUAGUUGAAGAUCCAUUGAUAACGCUGCAGAACUUCAUGAAAUACAGGAAGGACAACAUCAAAGAUCAGAGUGACGUCGUCAAUCUUUUCUCAGGGCGAACAUUUCAAAGUAGCCGCAGUGGGACGGCCUACACAGGAGGAGUGUGCUCUCUAACAAGGGGAGGAGGCAUCAACGAGUAUGGGAAUGUAGGAGCGAUGGCCAUCACUUUGUGCCAGAGUCUUGGCCAAAACAUCGGCAUGAGGUGGAACAACAUACGCAACGCUGCAGGAGACUGCAGGUGCCCAGAUAACUGGCUGGGCUGCAUCAUGGAAGACACGGGAUUCUAUCUGCCCAGAAAGUUUUCUCGCUGCAGUGUUGAUGAGUACAUCCAGUUCUUGCUCCAGGGGGGCGGGAGCUGCCUCUUCAACAAGCCAAACAAGCUGUUGGACCCUCCAGAGUGUGGGAACGGCUUUGUGGAGCCAGGGGAAGAGUGUGAUUGUGGAUCCCAGGUGGAGUGCGUCCGUAGUGGAGGAGCCUGCUGUAAAAAGUGCACACUUACCCACGAUGCCAUGUGCAGUAACGGACUCUGCUGCAGCAGCUGCAAGUAUGAGCGGAGAGGCGUGGUAUGUCGAGAGGCUGUGAACGACUGUGACAUCCCAGAGACCUGCACCGGAGACUCCAGCCAGUGUCCUCAUAAUGUGCACAGGCUGGAUGGCUACAUGUGUGAUACUAGUCAGGGUCGCUGUUACGGUGGACGGUGCAGGACGCGUGAUGGACAGUGUAGGGGACUCUGGGGUUACAAUUCAGCAGACAGGUUUUGUUAUGAGAAGCUGAACGCUGAGGGGACGGAGAAAGGCAACUGUGGUCCGGGUCCUGAAGGCCAGGGCUGGCUGCAGUGCAACAAGCCGGAUGUCUUAUGCGGCUUCCUGUUCUGUGCCAACGUGACGAUGAAGCCAAAGUUUGGAGACCUGCAGGGUGAGGUGACCAGCUUCACCCUCUACCACCAGAACAAGUACCUGGACUGCAGAGGCGGCCAUGCUCUGCUGGAGGAUGGAUCAGACCUGGGUUAUGUGGAGGAAGGCACUCCCUGUGGUCCCAACAUGAUGUGUCUGGAGCGACGCUGCCUCCCUGUGGCGGCGUUCAACCUCAGCAGCUGUUCGGGAUCCAACUAUGGACGCAUCUGUUCUGACCACGGGACCUGCAGUAAUGAGGUGAAGUGUAUCUGCGACAGGGACUACACAGGGAAGGACUGCAGCGUCUUUGAUCCCAUCCCUGAGCCGACAGUCCCAACGGGCCCAGAGAAGAAAGUCUGCCAAUGACACAGAGCAAUUGAGCUGCUGCUCUCAUAGGGCCAAAAAAGCCACCCUGAGCAAGAGGGUGUCCAGCUGAAAGAGCAGGAGAAGGGGAAUGAGAACAAAGUAAUAAAACUCUCUCUCCUUUGUUUUUGUUUUUUUGUUACCGUUGUCUCCCUGACCUCCCUCGCUCACCCGCCCGUUCUCCCACCUCCACCCCAACGUGCCCGAUCCUCCUCCUUCCCUUCAUCUCUCUUUCUCUGUCUGCAGGUAUCUUACCAUCUGCCUCUCUC